AUGACGGGAUGCUCGACCGACACCGCGAAAGUCAAAAACGUCCCCUUCGUGGAUGACGGAUUCCUCGCCGAAGGAACCAUUGACGUCAAGGUCGACUCUAGCGCGUACAAAAUCACCUCAUUGCGAGACGCUAUGAUCCGCAGUGCGGCAAUGGCAUCGAUGCACUCGGCUUCUGGAAAGAAUUGGUACAACGUCCAAUACGGUACUGAGGAAUUCAGAAAGCGAGGCGAUGAGUCUUGGUUAUCGGGAUUGGUCCCGUCCGUAUUUAAACGCGAGCAUCCGUACCAUGAAAGCUAUCACGGAACAUUCUGUAACAUGGCAGGAUUUGCAGGAGUUCAGUAUUACAGACCUUGGUGGAGACUGGGCCCUCCUGGACCUUCGGACUACAUUGACGUUGAAUAUUCAUUCGACUCUGGCGGUGGGGGCGACUUUGCAUGUGACCUCCUGACAGACUUUGUUGAUUCUUUUGCGAUUGUGCAGCCGAAGUUUGCUGUUGGGGAUAUUGAGCUGGCAGAGGCAGUCAAUGUUAUAUGCAAAGAGCAUAAGUGA